AUGUCGACCAUCACCCUCCAAGAAUACUGUGAACGACAGCAGCGUGAGCGAGAACGCGAGCAAGAAGACGCAUUUAAUAAGGUUCACGCCAGAAAGACAUCCAGAUCUGACGCCUACCUCACUUCGCUCCUUACCAUGGACCAGUCACACUACACAAGCCUAGUUUCCCAUGUCUCUACCUUCAUUGAUUUGACGGCUGCUCCUGCCGCCACCACUGCCGUUGCCAUCGGCGCAACAUCCGGUCCUGACGAACCAAGCCUCACCACUGGCGCCUCCCAGCAGAAACUUUCACAACAACAACAACAACAACAACAACAACAACAACAACAACAACAACAACAACAACAACAACAACAACAACAGCAACAACAACAACAACAGCAACAACAACAAGUUCUCGCUCAAAUACAACAGCAAUACCAAAACCCAUCCCCAUUCCCUACUCCAACAAGUCCGAUCUACACCAUCGAGGAUUUCAUCACCCGAUACGCACACAAAUUAGACUACUUUGAACGCACGCGCAAGGAUCAAGUUCAAGUGAUCGGGCACAUCAACGACCCCUCGCAAGACCAAGAAUAUCGCGGUCUCUAUUUGACUUUGAGUACCUCGGAUGCAAGGAUCCGUGAGGUUGAGGACAAAAUCGAGGACCUCUUUCGACUCAAGCACUACAAGCGCAAGUAA